AACUUCAUUAAAGUUUACAAACUUCACUUACCUGGGAAAUGGGUGUGUCAUGUGGUGCAUCAGUGAUCACCAUUAUCUUGGUUAUAUUUAACUUUAUAUGGCUGGCACUGGGCGGGGUAAUAUUAUGGUUGGGUAUCAAGAUCGCUAUCUGGUCCGGUGACCUAGGCAAUAUCCAAGAAAACAACUGGCUAAUAGGUGCCUGUGUGGUCAUACUGGUGGGAGUCCUAAUAGUUAUAUUGGCAUUCCUGGGCUGUUGUGGUGCUAUCAAACAGAGCCCCUGUAUGUUAUGUACAUACGGAUUUAUUAUACUGAUCUUGGUGAUAUUGGAGGGUGUGGGCGCGUAUUUUGCUUUUACGUACAAACAUGAC